AUGGCCUCGAUAAGAAGACGUAUGACGGAUAACCUUCGAACAAAAAGCUUCAAUCAACAUGUCGGUGCUAUCGUUGUAUCACUCGGUGGUUUUACUCUCGGUGUGUCAGUUGGUUGGUGUUCCAGCGUUACAGAGGGUAUGAGGAUCAGAUUUAUAGCAAGUAUUACGGAGCUUGGUAUUAUAGGUAACGUUCUAAACGUUGGCGCUUGCCUCGGAGUCAUAAUUGCCAUUUGGAUCUUCAAAUUUCAUCAUUGGAUCAGCGGAAUAAUCAAGAUCUUACUUUACGCCAUUGGUUGGUCGGUGAUCAGCCUAGGAAACGAGAACACAUUCAUGAUUGUUAUCGGUCGUUUCAUAUGCGGAAUUUCCGGUGGUAUGUCCUGUCUCUUGGUACCACUUUUCAUCAGUGAUAUAGCCGACAAGAAAACCCGCAAUCGAUUGUUGAUUCUAUUUCAGCUUUUAAUAAAUUGCGGAAUCAUGUACGCUUUCCUGAUGGCUCACGUUCUCGAUGGAGGUAACAUUAUAUGGAGAUACAGUACAAGCUGCGGUGCUAGCUGCAUUAUACUCGUACUAUUACGUUUUAUACCAGCAAGCCCGUUCUAUUAUCUCUCUAGCAUUGAGAAUAAUGAAAGUCGAGCGAAAAAUUCUUUAAGUUGGUAUCGUCAAAAUGAGAACGAAAAUGAGAACGAUUACGAGAUGGAAGAAUUAAGACAGUUGGCUAUACUCAGACGAACGGCCAAGAUGAGAUAUGGUCUAAUGAAGAAUCGUCGUGUACUUCAUUCCUUCCUAAUGUGUUUUGGUGUAAUGAUGAUCCAUCAGUUCAGCGGAUUCAGCACGUUUAUCACUUAUGCCCUUACGAUCUUCGAGACUCAAGGUUCAGGUUUAUUAAAUGGAAGUGAAUUAACUCUAGUAGUUGGUAUAGUACAAAUACUAUCAUGUCUCCUCGCGUAUACGCUCAUCGACGUAUUAGGACGGCGUAUCCUGUUGACCAUAUCAUCCGCGUUCAUGGGACUGUUCCUUGGACUGUUGGGAUGGUUCUUCGAUAAAAGACUCGAGGAUCCGGAAUACGAUGAUUGGUAUUGGUGGAUGCCACCAACAUGGAUCAGCCUAUAUUUCAUAUCUCUAAACUUGGGCGUAGCACCAAUAUCAUGGGCACUUCUCGCAGACUCAUUUCCGCAACAGAUAAAUCUACUUGGUGCAGGAUUCGCUGCGAUCUCUAAUUGGAUACUUUCGAUUCUUGCGAUGAUAGUUUUUGGUUCAUUACAAACGGACGAUAAUAUUAGAAAGGCCGUCUGGUUAUUCGCAAUAAUAUGCUGGUUCGGUGCAAUAUUUUCUGCCGUUCUUGUCAAGGAUAACGGUAAGAAAAGUUUAAACGAGAUCGAAAAGGAUUUUCGUAUCGACGAUCAAGAAGAAACGAAUUAA